AUGCCGGCGUCCCGCGGGGCUCGGCGGGCGGCGGCGCUGCGUGGCGGAGUCGCGCGGCGGCGGAAAGGCCCCGCGAAGGCGGGCGCGGAAAGGCCCGGGCGGGGAGCAGCGCGCCCGCCCCCUUCCCGACGCCCCCUGCUGGUGGCGGGGGAGCCCUUCCGCGCCUUCCUGGAGAAGCACUGCCCCAUCGUGAGCGAGCCCUUCCGCCCCACGCCGUGGUGCUUCGAGGGCCGCCUGCAGACCAUCGUCCACGCCUUCCUCAAGUCCCGCCCGCUCGUCCACUACCGCAGCGAGGCGCUCCGGACGGCUGACGGCGGGCAGGUGGUGCUGGACUGGGCCGAGGACGGCGGCUGGAGCGACAGCCUGGCCGACCCCAAGGGCUGCCCCAUCGUCCUCUUCCUGCCGGGGCUGACGGGCAACAGCCGGGAGGCCUACAUCCUGCACAUGGUGCGCAGCACCCUGCAGCUGGGCUACAGGGCCGCUGUGUUCAACAACCGGGGCUGUGGAGGAAGCGAGCUGCUGACGCACCGGGCCUUCUGUGCGGACCACACCGAGGACCUGGAGCUGGUGGUGCGGCACAUCGGGAGCCGGUUCCCGCAGGCGCCCCUGAUGGCUGUCGGGGUUUCUCUGGGCGGGAUGCUGGUGCUCAACUACCUGGGCCAGAAGGGCCAGCAGGCAGGGCUCGUGGCCGCCAUGACCUGCUCCGUCACCUGGGACUCUGCUGCGUCCAUCGCCUCCCUCGAGAGGCCGCUCAACCUCGUGCUCUUCAACCAGCGGCUCACGGCCAACCUGCGCAGGCUGGUCCAGCGGCACAGGAUGGUCAUCGCCCGGGAGCUCGACGUGGACCACGUGCUGCAGGCCCGCAGCAUCCGGGAGUUUGACGAGCGCUACACCACGGUGGCCUUCGGGUACGACUCGUGCGAGGACUACUACCGGGCCGCCAGCCCCCGCCGCAAGGUGCACGGCAUCCGGGUGCCGGUGCUGUGCCUCAACGCCUCGGACGACCCCUUCUCCCCGCGGCACGCUCUCCCCGUGGAGGAGGCCCAGCGAGUCCCCGCCCUGGCCCUGCUGGUGACGGCGAGAGGCGGCCACAUCGGCUUUCUGGAGGGCCUCCUGCCGCGCCACCAGAGCUACAUGGACCGCGUCCUGGCCCAGUUUGUGCGCGCAGCCUUUGAGCACCGGGAGGCCCUGGCGGCCGCCGUGGAAGGGCGGCCACCGCUCUGCGAGGAAUCGGAGACCCGGCAGGACAGCGCCUGAGCGGAACCCGGAGACGCCACCUGUGCCCUCCCUCUCUGCUGGCUGCCCCGGACUUGCUGCCCCGGCAGGAGGGGCCUGCGGGGGAGCAGUGGCCCCUGCCCUGCCUGCGGGGCUGCCGGGAACACAGAGCACAGCCCAAUACAGGAGCUUUUCUCGCCA